CGUAACUUCAAAGAGGAAGACACUAGUUUUCAUAAAUAUAAAAAUUUAUUAUAUUUAUUUUUAUUUUUUAAGCUCUAAAAAAAUAAAUAUGGGAUAAAAAUUGAAUAUACAUAUAAAUUAGUUUUUUGAGGAACCAUUGACGUUAAACUAAGGCUUAUAAGUAAAUUUGAAGAAAAUUCCCAAACAUGAAUGAUAAAAAAGAAAAUUCCGGCUUUAAAAGUUAUUUAGAUGAGCCUGGGCUAGAGAAUGUCAUACUGGAUGAUUCCCAAAGAACUAAAUUUCUCGAUGGAGAAACAGUUGUAAUGGAAGCUCAGAAAGUAUUAAUGUACACCCCAUUAACAGAAGGAAUUAAGAAAACUAGAGGGGUUCUAACAGUUACAACUUUUAAAUUGUCAUUUGCUUCUGCAGAAGAAACUGACCCUGCAAACUGUUAUCAACAAAAUUUUCUAUUAGGAGUGAAUGAUGUUUGUCUGUCUCUAAUCGAUUCUAUCUAUCAAAAUGGAGAUAAAAAGAAAAAACUUGUACCUGGUCAUAAUAUUAGUGGAAAAGUUAAAGAAUUAUUGAUAGUUUGUAAGAAUAUGAAAUAUUUUGAAUUUAGUUUUAUACUAAGUAGUAAAGACAGUGGAAAAAACAUUGCCAACGCUUUGUUACAUCAUGUAUAUCCAAAAAGGCAUCAGCUUCUCUUUGCUUAUGAUUGCAAGGAACCACAUGAUGACAGAGCAAUUUUUAAAGAAGCUAGACUUUUUCAUACAAUACAGGAUUGGGAAAAAGAGCUUCAAAGAACUGGCUGUCAAAAUUGGAGGUUAAGCCAAGUAAACCGCGACUUUCAAACUUCGCCACUUUUAUUUGAGGUUUUUAUAGUGCCUCAAUCUGUUACAGAUGGUAUUAUUAUAGAAGCAGUAGAGAAGUUUCGAAACAGAUUCUGUCCUCUUUGGGUGUGGGGUACUGCUAAAGGUGCUGCUCUUGUUAGAAUGGCUGAUCUUCUUCCAACCAUAACUGAUAGGACUGAAGAGAAUAAACUCUUAGAACAUAUAAGGAAAAGUCAUCCCGAGAAAAAACCUCCACACAUUAUCGAUCUCUCAACUCCAAACCCUAAAGAGAUUCAAUCGAGCUAUUUGAAACUAAGGGAUUUGUGUACCCCCGAUACUCCAUCUAAGUUUAAGCAACAAGAUUUUAAAUUUUAUGCAUUAUUAGACUCAACAAAGUGGCUUAAUCAUGUAGCCACUUGUCUAAGUAAAGCCGUAGAAGCAGCUAAGAAAAUAGAUAAAGAAAAUUGUACAGUUGUUCUUCAAGAAGGAGAUGGUCAAGACUUAAAUUGUGUAGUAUCAAGUUUAACACAGAUUAUAUUAGAUUCCCACUUCAGAACAAAAUAUGGUUUUCAGUCUUUAAUACAAAAAGAUUGGGUGAUGUUGGGCCAUCCUUUUGCUAAUAGACUGGGACACAUUUUGAGUAAGAAGCUAGAACAAUCUCCAGUUUUUUUGUUAUUCCUGGACUGUGUGUGGCAGCUCAUUCAACAAUAUCCAACUGCCUUCCAAAUAAGUGAUACUUACUUAACGACUUUAUGGGAUUCUGCGCACAUAUCACUAUUCGAAACGUUUCUUUUUAAUUGUCAUCAUCAACGAAUAUUAGCAACUAUGGGCAGUUUAGGUCCUCAAAUAGUUUUGCGGAGUAUCUGGGAUUGGAGGGAGCAGUUUUACGAUCGAGACAUCGCUUUAUUUUGUAAUCCUCUGUAUGAUGAUAGUUUCAAAGGAACUCUAGAUCCAAGUCCAAAGUUAUACAAUCUAGAGGUGUGGGGUCAAUGUUACUUUAGAUGGAUCUCUGAUUUAGAAAUCCGCAAAGGAGGCAAACCACAAAUAGAUCUAUUUACCAGGUACUUGGUGUCCGAAAUAAUGCAUAUACACUUCAACUUGGAUUUAAGCAACGGAAAACUCUCCGGCAAGAUGAACCGAAACAAGGACGAAUACAUGGACUUAAUACAAAAAGUAAACAGUUUUUAUCCAUUUAGCCACAACAACGCUUUAGUAAAUAACCCUAUAAAUAAUGUUCUUCUCACGGGGGACACGUUAGAUUCCCAAUCAAUAUUAAACCUUAAUAACGAAUGAGAGAAUACUGUAAUAUAAUAGAUUUUAUUUCGGAAUUGUGUCUUAUCCUAACUUGUUUCAAAGAAAAAUAAGAGUAAAUUGUGAGGAAUUUAAUUUUAGUUCAUUUUCUCUCAUUUGAAUAUUAUUGAAUUUUAUUAAUACUUCAACAAUUAUUUAUGUUCGCAAUGAUUAAAACACAGUAUUAAAGAAUAUAAAAGCAAUAUCUUUAUACUGUGACUAAAAUAACAAGCGGGUGUUAAUUUGAAUUUAAAAUUCGUUUUUCGUGCGACCUUAGAAUAUCUGCUAAUUUUUACAUCACCAUAUUUUUUCUGUUGUAAUACAGGGUCCGGCAAUAGUGCGUCGGGCAUCUGUAUAAAAAACUUGGGAAUUUUGUUUUUAUAUAUAUACAUAUACAGGGUGUCCCAGAAAUAAGUGCA